UCAAAAAAAUCUGGAUACGUUCUAAAAAUAAUUGGUCAAAACUAUAAGUAGUGUAAUGUUGUUGUUGUUAUAUGACAAUGAUGAUGCCUUGAAAAUUGAAACUAGUCUCGAUUCUUUUGUAUUGUAUCCCAAUGGUCGAUGGUGACGAUUCUUUCAAGAGACCCGGAGCUGUGCCGUUUACGUGGGAGGUCCGACCCGGUGUGCCCAAAACCCGACCCGGUGAUGAUGAUGAUGAUGAUGGUCAUCACCCAAGUCUUCUUCAACCUCCCAAAAAACUUGCUCCUCUCAAACUAAAACCAUUCCCGCCGUCGAGUUCGUCAUCUCCGUCGUCGUCUGAAUCCAGAAGCCGGCCCGUUUCUCCCUUCGAUCCUCCUUCGUCUUUCAAGCUCGAGUCGCCUUCAGAUUCCGACUCUCACUGUUCAGGACCUCCGACUCCAUAUUUCCGAUCUUCUUCCCCUCGAGCCGGUGGUUCUUUUCGCGGGUGUUUUUUCCCGAAGUCAUUCUUUGGGUCGAGGAAGAGUAAGAGCGGUGGUGUAAAAAAGACAGGUCAGGAAUCAUCAUCAUCACCAUCAUUGUCGGAGUCUGAGAAUUUCUAUGAAUCGGGAACAACGUUUUCUCUGUCGGAAGAUUCAAGGCAGGGAUCGGUUUCAUCUAGGUGGAGUUCGCCGAAAUCGUCAUUCUCCUCCUCUCGCCGUGGUUCGCCGCUGAAACGAACUGAUUCGGAUUUGAGCUCUUACGAGAAAAAAAACAUUUUAAUGAUGACUCAUUCUCGUCUCGGUUAGCCAUAAAAAUUAUUGUUUUUUAUUAUAGAAAAUUUAAUAAUUUUAAUAAAAAAGGAUUUGAGUUG